GCUUUCAAUAACUGAAUCUCACUCUGUCAGGAGCGGAGAUUCCUGUCAGCAUUCUUUGACUGCGGCGUGUACUGGAGGCUGAUUUCCGGAUGCAUAGGCGGUCAGGUUCUGCCAUCAGGGGUAGCUCGCCGCCUUCGCUCCGGAUGUGGGGGGUCGGCGAGGGUCUCGACCGGCAGCGUCUCACAAGACAGCGUCAAGUUACCCGGACACUCGAAUAGAUGAAAAUCGAGUGGCUCUGGACCGAUCCCGUUGGCUUCGAGCUUGCUAACCAUGCAGGCCUUUGUCCCUAAGAACCGGAGACCUAGAUUCGAGUUGGUCUUGAGAAUCAUCGACCUCAACAAUGUCCCACUCGUGAGCGGUACCGCAUUCGUCAAAUGGCGCUUGCCGUCAUCCAGUGCGACUGAACACCACGGCCAUACGGAUAAGGCAGUCAUCGUAGACCAUAGGGCAUACUGGAACUACGAAAAGGUCCUGCAGGUCAGGCUCACCAUUGACCGAAACCAGACCCUCCACGAAUGCGAGCUAUACUUCGAGAUUAUCCAGGAAUUUGCGUCUGGAGGGAACAAUGACAAAAAUCUGCUGGGAAGGAUAAGACUCAACCUGUCCGAAUAUGUGGACAAGAGCGACGACGACGAGGGCAUCGUACGGAGAUACUUGAUGCAAGAUAGCAAAAUAAACAGCACGCUCAAAGUCGGGAUAGCUACACGUCAAGUCGAAGGGGAUCGGAAUUUUAUUACGCCUCCUCUCAAAUCAGCCAUGGUCUUUGGAGGAAUCGCAGGGGUUGUAUCCUCGGAACAAGGAGAACACGAUGACCUGGGCCGGCUACCGACGAUCAACACUCAGAGCCGCGAAGUUACAGACAUGCAAGACAUGUACCGCCGCACUCUGGCCGCCUCUUGGAAUUCGCGGGCGGACGAUUUACCGGCGGAUAAGCUGAUCGAAGAAUUAUUCUCCGGAGGCAUCAGCUGGGCCGAUGGCCUUGAUGGCCGCGCCGAGAAAACCGUCGAACACCAGGCCGAUCGACUGUCACCACACGGAAAUGCAGGUGCCAGGCAAGCUUUAUCAGACAACCGACUGUCCCCUCCCAGCUUUGAAAGACGGCCACGAAGCUCUUCGAGCAACCAUUUUCGGAAUGAUGCUAAGGGGGCAGAAUUUGUCCCGUCCAAUGACCAUGCAAGGAAAGGCGGAAGCAUUGAGCAGCAACUGUACGACAACCCGAAAGGCAAGGCUUGGAAAAAUCGUAGUUCGGAAUUCGAACUGUCCGAGUUCGAUGUGCGCGAGGACUUGCGGAGUUGGGAGGUGAUGAACCAGGAGUAAUUUAGCGUGGUGCUUGUGGCGUUAGACAUUCCCCUGUAUAAUACCCCCUAUGACUCUUUCUUAUACAUUUGCGCUCUGCUUGGUUGGUUGCUCCAUGACUGGCUGCCGAUAUCUACUUUGUAUCUAAUUGCUCCGGCUGCGAGAUGGAUCCGCAUCUAGACUAGACCGUUUUGGGACUAGCAGAGAUCCCAGAUUGCAUCAAUUCGAGCUUCGACUUUCC